AUGAACUGUAAGCAGCACCCCUGCGACCUCAGCGGCAGCGUCGGUGUCUGCGCUUCCUGUCUCCGGCAACGGCUUCUGGCUCUGAUUGCAGCUCAGUCAAAGCUCCACCACCACCACCAAUCUACUUCAUCCCCUUGCCACCUCCCCCGCUCCCAUUCCCGGCCUCCAGUUGCAGCCUCUUCUUCUGAUCAACUCCCUCGCAAAUCCGAUUCCUCCCAACACCCGCUCGUUUUCCCCCGCUCCGUCUCUCCCUACGUCGCCCGUCGCAAAUCCCACGACCACCGUGGCGGCGGCGGCGGCGGCGACGACGACCUAGACUCCUGGUCACACCACCACCACCACCUCCGCUUCCACACCACUCCACAGCUCGGCCCCACAUACUCCUCAUCGUCCACGUCUUCCUGCCAGAGGAAGUACGCCAAGCUGUCUCUCUUCGCGAAUCUCUUCCGUUCCAGAUCCGACAAACUGCGGAAUCCAGAUCUCGACACCGCUGCUGCAGCGGAUUCAGCUCAACCUUCUGGCUCGUCUUCGUCUUCCUGGUUUUCUUCGAUCCUAUCCGGUCGACGGAAGAAGCAAUCUGCUGUUGAAUCCCUUCCUCUCCCGCCUCCUCGGAGGAGACACCGGGGGAUGUCUCCCGCAGAUCGCGAGUUGCCCCAGGAAUGCGAUCCGACUCCUCCAGGCGGCGAUGUGUGGGAAUUGAAGAGAACGCCGACGUCGGUGAGACGCGGGAAGGCGAAGGGCGGUAACAAUGGUGGCAAUAGUAAUGCGACCGGGGCUGCAGCAGGGUUUGCUUUCUGCUUGAGCCCUUUGGUGAGGGCCAGCCCCAAUCGGCACUGGAACCAGAAGGCGGGGAGCCUUGCGCCGGACCUUGGUGAGGUGCGGGUGGCGGUGAAGCCGAAUCUCUCCAUGGCUGCGUCAUAUUGCGCGAAUCGGUCUCGGAAGCUGGCGGACUUCGGGCGGGCGAUGAAUCACACCCGCUGA